AUGACCUUCACUAAGGCUUUCCAGCGGCGAGGUCUGCACGCGACUCGCAGAGCGGCGGGCACUGGCUACGGACACGGUCGUUAUGCACUGGUCGCAGGAACGUCUGUCGCCAUCGCUGCAGGUAUCGUUGUCUCGAUAUCUGGCAAGGAUAGGGCCCUGCAGCUGGACUCUGAUAACAAUCCGAAUGUUCGCUCUCUGGCUUAUGAGCGUCGUCCUUCCAAAGGAGAACAUCUGCGAAAACUCGAUCGCACGACAAUUGAUCAAAGACUCAACGCAGGCGCAGAGUCGCAUGUGGUCGACACCCGCAGUGGAAUAUAUCGCUAUGACGUGGCUCAACUAGCGAGCAACCAGCCGUGCGAGGAUGAGCAUACAGAAGUUCAGCUACCUGUCCCCUCUGGUAUCUGGUCCUUCUUCGCCGUCAUGGACGGCCAUAGUGGAGGAGAGACCAGUAAAUGGUUACGAGAGAACCUCAUACCUGCUGUUGCCGGCGCCCUCGCUGACCUCUAUGGUGCGGUAUCGCGACAGUGUUCAUACGUAUCCCUACCUGAGGCAGAUAUCGAAAAGAAUAUCAAAGCGACUUUUCUACGAUUGGACGACGACAUUGUCAAUGACGCGGUUGAACGAGCUCUUGCCUCCGAAUCCAAGGAGGCAGCUGUGCAGCUUCUGGCUCCGGCUUACGCGGGAUCAUGUGCAUUGCUGGCUUUCUACGAGUCCGACAGCCGAAUACUCCGCGUCGCCAUCACAGGGGACUCCCGUGCAAUUUUGGGACGUCGCGUGCAGGAUGCAAACGGACGAACUCGCUACGAAGUCCGAUUGCUGUCGACGGAACAAGACGGGCACAACGUGGCCGAGGAAUAUCGUCUGAACGCCGAACAUCUUGGCGAAGUUGUGGUCAAGAACGGUCGUGUACUGAGCAUGGGACCCUCCCGGGCGUUCGGAGACGCACGCUACAAGUGGGGCAGGGACGUCCAGGCAAGGCUCAAGAGGACAUAUCUCGGACGAUCCAUCUUCCCCGACGUCAAGACGCCGCCCUACCUGACGGCUGAGCCAGAGUUAACCAUGACGAAGAUUAAGCCAGGGGACUUCAUGAUUAUGGCGUCCGAUGGGCUUUGGGAGAGCCUCAGUAGCGAGGAUGCGGUGGGUCUUGUAGGGUGGUGGCUAGAAGGCAAGCACGAUACAUCAACGAAGGAACCGAAGCAUCUUCCCGUGGUUGCCGAUGAGGAAAGCCUCGAGGGACCGUCAGUACGCUAUCGACAGUGGAACACGAAGCAGCGCUUUGUCAACGUCGACAGCAACGCAGCGACGCAUCUCAUCAGGAACGCACUGGGGGGAUCUGAUCAGGACUUGUUAGCGGCAUUAUUGAGCAUGGGGUCUGCUCGGUCUCGAGUUUACAGGGACGAUAUCACAGCUACCGUAGUGUUCUUCAACGAUGAAUCAGAUUCAUCUAAUGGCUCCACCGCCGUUCCAACACAGUCCUCUUGACGUCUACGCUCCCCGCCGGUGAGUGACCGAGCAAACACGGGCGCACUAUCCGGCCAGAUUUUGGAGGAGUAUUCGUCUGCAAACCAAACCGCCCGCGAUAUCGAAUGUCACAUGUCGUUCAUCAAGCCGGG